AUGUUCCAACCGGAGAAUUCCUUUGCCUUCAGAAAAGCACUUGAACGAGAGAAAUACAAAGACAUUGAGCCCACGGUGAAGAUGGAGGAGGUGGACGGAGAGGAACUGGUGAAGAAGUUUGCUGAGGAGAUGGAGGGCAUGCUGGGUAGGAAGAUGAAGUCUGUCAAGAGACUGGCGGAGGCAGCGGAGGACGCUGAUCUAUACCAUGAAUUCAACGCUACUUUAGAGUUCGACUACUAUAACUCUAUGCUGAUCAACUCGGUGGAUAAAGAUGGAAACUCUAUCGAGCUGGGAGGAGAGUUUCCUCUGGAAGAGAAUGAACACUUCAACAAGCUCCAGGUCAACACUCUGCAGAGCGACAUACAGGUUCCCACCAACGUUUACAACAAAGACCCUGGUAUUCUAAACGGGGUGUACAUGUCGGAGGCCCUGAACGAUGUGUUCGUGGAUAACUUCCAGAAGGACCCUACUCUAACCUGGCAGUACUUUGGCAGUGCCACUGGCUUCUUCAGACUCUACCCAGGCAUCGCAUGGACCCCAGAUGAAAAUGGUGUCGUCACGUUUGACUGCAGGAACAGAAACUGGUACAUCCAGGCUGCGACCUCUCCCAAGGACAUCAUCAUCGUAGUGGACGUCAGCGGGAGUAUGAAGGGUCUCAGGCUCACUAUCGCCAAGCACACUAUUAACACCAUCCUGGACACACUAGGGGAGAAUGACUUUGUCAACGUCAUCGCCUACAGCGACUAUGUCCAAUACGUGGAACCCUGCUUCAAGGGAACCCUGGUCCAGGCUGACCUGGACAACCGAGAGCACUUCAAGUUGCUGGUUGAGGAGCUCCAGGUGAAAGGGGAGGGGAAAGUCAAGAAGGCCAUGAAGGAAUCCUUCAAGAUCCUCAAUGAGGCUGCAUCGUUGGGUCAGGGUAGUCUGUGUAACCAGGCCAUCAUGCUGAUCACUGACGGGGCCAUGGAGGAUUAUGAGGAAGUGUUUCAGGAGUUCAACUGGCCAGAACGCAGGGUGCGUGUUUUUACUUACCUUAUUGGUCGAGAGGUGACCUUCGCUGACACUGUGAAGUGGAUUGCCUGCAACAAUAAAGGUUACUACACACACGUCUCCACGCUGGCCGAUGUUCAGGAGAACGUCAUGGAGUACCUUCACGUUCUGAGUCGACCAAUGGUCAUCAACCAUGAUCAUGACAUCAUCUGGACAGAGGCUUACAUGGACAGUGCGCUGUUCAACACACAGGCUCAGAGCCUGCUCCUCAUGACCUCUGUGGCCAUGCCUGUGUUCAGCAAGAAGAAGGAGACGCUGUCUCAUGGUAUUCUGCUGGGGGUGGUGGGGACUGAUGUUCCUCUGAGAGAACUGAUGAGGCUGGCUCCUAGAUACAAGCUGGGUGUCCAUGGUUACGCCUUCCUCAACACCAACAACGGUUAUAUCCUCGCCCACCCUGCCCUCCGACCCCUGUAUAAGGAGGGAAAGAAGCUGAAGCCAAAACCCAACUACAACAGUGUUGAUCUGGCUGAGGUGGAGUGGGAGGACACGGAUGAGACGUUGAGGACUGCCAUGGUAAAAGGAGAGACAGGUACUCUGUCCUUAGACGUCAGAGCCACUGUAGAGAAAGGGAGAAGAGUCAUGUUCCUGAAGAAUGACUACUUCUACACAACCAUCAACGAGACGCCGUUCAGUCUUGGCAUGGUGCUGACCAGAGGGCACGGUGAAUACAUCUUCAUAGGGAACGUGUCUGUUAGGGAAGGUCUCAAUGACCUGAUGCAGCCAGAUGUUUCCAUCGCAAAUGAGUGGACCUACUGUGAGACAGACAUUGACCCUCACCACCGCAAGCUGACCCAGCUCCAGGCUGUGUUUCGAUACCUCACAGGGAAGGAACCUGAUCUGGAGUGUGAUGAGGAACUGUUGAGACAGACUCUGUUUGAUGCUGUGGUCACAGCCCCCAUGGAGGCUUACUGGACAGCAUUGAUGCUCAACCCAUCUGGCAUGGACGAGGGGGUGGAGACUGCGUUCCUGGGCACCCGGUCUGGUCUGAUGAGGGUCACCAGAUACGUGGGCAUUGAGAAACGUGUUGCCAAGAAAUUCCUGUCUCCGUCGGACAAGGAGAACAUCUUUACGAUGGACCACUUCCCCGUGUGGUAUCGCCGCGCUGCAGAGUACCCCGCCGGCAAGUUCCUGUACUACAUCCCCAAGGAGGACACCAGAGAUACGUCAGGGAGGAUGGUGAUCGCCACCACAGCUGUGACUGUCACCGUGGGCAAGAAGACUGCAGUGGCAGGAGCCAUUGGGGUUCAGAUGGCACAGGACCUGUUAGAGACCAGGUUCUGGGCUACAGCUAAGCAGUCUCUCUCUCUCUCUCUCUCUCAGGACCUGGCCUGCUACCUCAUCGACAGCAAUGCUUUCAUAAUCAUCUCCAAAGAAAAAAGCCAUGUGGGGAGGUUCUUUGGAGAAGUUGACGGCUCAGUGAUGGCACGCCUUAUCAAGAUGGGCAUGUUCAAAAGGGUAUCUCUGUACGACUAUCAGGCCAUGUGUAAGAUGGGAGGACAUUCUGCCAGCAGCGCCAGACCCCUUCUUAGUCCCUUCUAUGGUCUGGCGGCUGCUCUAAAGUGGUUCCUCACCAACUUCCUGCUGUUUUUACUGGAGUUCAACAUCUGUGGUCUCUGGCACUCUGACCGCUUUGCUGAAGCCAAGCCUGGCUUCAAAGCGUCGGCCCAGAAGAAGAAGGGAGACAUCCUGCAGCCGUGUGACACUGAGUACCCCAGCUUUGUCUACGAGCCCUCCAUCAAGGAGACCAACAGCCUCAUUAAGUGUGGACGCUGUCAGAAGAUGUUUGUAACCCAGGCUGUCCCUGACAGUAACCUGCUGAUGUUGGUGGUACAGGCAGACUGUGACUGUUCCCGUCAGUACCCCGCUAUCACCAUGGAACCCAAGGAAGUGAAAUAUAACGCCUCAGUAAAGUGUGACAGGAUGAAAUCUCAGAAGGUCCGUAGGAGACCCGAGUCCUGCCACGCCUAUCACCCUCAGGAAAACGCCAAGGAGUGUGGAGGAGCAUCGCAGAUCUACCUGUCUGUUUCUCUCUUCCUCACCUGUCUCACUGCCUCGUUCACCUGUCUCAAGGCCUCCACGCUGGUCUUCCGAUGACAGACAGACAGCUACCUAGCAUAAACCCCGCCCCCUCUGGAAAUCUCUCUAGAAUGUUCCAGAA